AUGUCUUCAGGCAAUGCCGCCGGGGGCACUAUGCGAGGCACCCCCAAUCGCGACCGACGAGGCCAGAUGCCUUUUCAAAAUAGCCCUGGCGGAUCAGGCAUCCCUCGUCCUGUUGCGGAAGAGAAGCCCGCCGAAGUCACAUCUUCUGUCAGCGCAAGCAGGCAGAAGCAAUCGAAAAGAGAUGAGGCUAUUCGCCGAAAGCUGGAAAAUGAUCUCUCCAAAAAGAAGCAUCUCAACACACGGGCUCGCCACACCCGGAAAGCGCCCCCCGGCACUGUCCUCGCUCUGAAGCCCAGCCCUGCCCUGCAGAUCAAACCUAACACCACGGUAUCUGAGGCAGCUCAGCUUAUGGCCGCAAAGCGUGAGGACUGCGUUCUUGUUACAGACGAGGAUGAUCGCAUCGCUGGUAUCUUUACGGCCAAGGACCUGGCUUUCAGGGUUGUCGGUUCCGGUUCCAAGGCCGCCAACGUCACCAUUGCCGACAUCAUGACCAAGAACCCUCUCUGCGCACGAACCGACACGAGUGCUACCGAUGCGUUGGACCUCAUGGUUCGCAAGGGAUUCCGUCAUUUACCAGUCAUGGACGAAAAUCAAGAUAUUUCUGGUAUUCUGGAUAUCACCAAGUGCUUUUACGAUGCCAUGGAGAAGCUGGAGCGUGCCUACUCUUCGUCCCGCAAACUUUACGACGCUUUGGAGGGUGUGCAAUCCGAGCUUGGCGCCAGCCAGCCUCAGCAGAUUAUUCAAUAUGUCGAAGCUCUUCGUACCAAGAUGUCAGGUCCUACUCUCGAGUCCGUUCUGGACGGCACGCCACCCACUACUGUGAGCGUCAGGACAUCUGUUAAGGACGCGGCGGCUUUGAUGAGGGAGAAUCACACAACUGCAGUAUUAGUGCAGGAUCAAGGUGCUAUUACUGGCAUUUUUACCAGCAAAGACGUUGUCCUAAGGGUCAUCGCCCCUGGCCUUGACCCUACGAACUGUAGCGUGGUCCGUGUGAUGACCCCUCAUCCCGACUUUGCUCCUAUGGACAUGACAAUUCAGGCUGCCCUUCGAAAGAUGCAUGAUGGCCACUACCUCAAUCUUCCCGUGAUGAACGAUGGCGGCGAGAUUGUUGGCAUGGUUGAUGUGUUGAAGUUGACCUACGCUACUUUGGAACAGAUUAACACCAUGGCCACUGGUGACGGUGAGGGCCCUGCAUGGAAUAAGUUCUGGUUGUCCAUGGACAAUGAGACGGAGUCCAUGGUAUCCGGUGAUGGAAGCCAAAGCCACCGUCAUGGUACUAACCUUGGCUCACGAAUGAUGUCGCCUGAUAUGAAUCGGGAUAGUGUUGCACCAGGAGAUUCUGCUUCUCAUGUCGGAAUGGAGUCGCCGAUUCGAUCUGCUCUUCCUGAUGUCCCAGAACAUUACCCAGGCGAAAUCCCCUUUCCUUUCAAAUUCAAAGCUCCUUCUGGGCGUGUCCACCGUCUACAGGUCAUUGCUUCCCAUGGAAUCGAGGAACUUGUAGCUGCAGUGGCUGCCAAGCUCGGCAACGAGGUUGAGGGCAUCGGCGGUGUCCCAACAGUCGAAGAAGGCAAGCUAGACGGGGAAGGUUUUGCUCUCAGCUACGCCGACAGUGAUGGCGAUACCGUUUCGAUCACAACUGACAACGACCUGCUAGAGGCCAUUCUGCUGGCCCGUCAAGGACACCGAGACAAGGUUGACCUCUUUGUCCAUCAUCCUGACAAGCAACCAGUUGUUCCAUUGGCUACAUCUCUUCAUGAGAACGCCAUCCCAACACCGCCUGCAUCCUCUGCAGUCGGUAUCCGUGAACGCCGUAGUAAAAUAUACGUGGACGAUGAUGAUGACGAUGAAGAUUACGACGAUGAGGCAUCCACAAUUCACCGCCGGCGAAGAGCAAGAAACGAUCCUUUACAAGACCAGGUCAUUGCAGGGGUUCCAAACGAGCUCCUCCUUCCCGGUGCUAUCGUCACUUUAGCAGCUGUCAUAGUUGCAGCCAGCAUCAAUCGCACCACCAUGAUAGUAAGAAACGCUGCAGCGCGGCAUGGCCGCCGCGCGCUGGCGAGCUCCAUUCCACGAUCAACCCUGCGACAACUCUCAUCGGAGAGCGUACCAACCGAGCCUGCUGUUGCCACGCCGCCGCCCCAGGCUCAAUUGCCCGCUGCUCACAUAAAGGACAAUUCUCUUGCGAUGUCGUCAAAGCAGUUAAAGAUGCAGAAGGCCAAGGAGACUAUCAUGACCCUAGGUUCUAACUCGACGCCCACACACGAGGGUCAGUCGUGGACAAGGUCUCGUAAGAUUGGGGGUUCCGAGGAGCUUACGCCCUGGGAUCAAUGGGUCGAGUUUCGAAAAAUCCGGUCCAAGACCAAGAAGCUGGGGUCGGUAGUAAAACGGCAGUACAACCCAACCGACCUCAUCAACGACCCGCCCAGACCACAAGAUGUGACUCUUGAACUUCUUAUGGCGUCGCAAACACACAUGGGUCAUCAUACAUCUCUCUGGAAUCCCGGAAACUCUCGAUAUAUCUACGGUGUGCGUGAGGGUAUUCAUAUCAUAUCUCUGGAGACCACUGCUGCCCACCUUCGACGUGCUGCACGUGUUGUGGAAGAGGUGGCAAGAUGUGGUGGCCUUAUCCUCUUCGUUGGAACUCGAAAGGGACAGAUGGAAAUUGUUACCAAGGCUUCCGAGUUGGCGGGUGCAUGCCAUGUCUUUACCAAGUGGACCCCCGGUGGCAUUACGAACCGAGAUGCCAUUUUGAAGUACGCCACAACUAAGGUUGUGGAUGAAAAAGACCAACCAUUGGAGGAUUUCGGGGUCUUCACGGAAAAUGCCCGACCUCUUUUGCCUGAUUUGGUGGUUUGCUUGAAUCCUAAGGAAAACUACACUCUCCUCUAUGAAUGCGGGCUGAAAGACAUUCCUACAAUCGGUGUUAUUGAUACUGAUGCUGAUCCAACUUGGGUUACCUACACUAUUCCCGCCAAUGAUGACAGUUUGCGGUCUAUUGGUGUGAUAGCCGGUGUUCUGGGUCGUGCUGGUGAGCGGGGACAGGAGCUUCGUAAACUCGCCUCGGAGAAGAAGGAGACCAUCCCUUGGGAGACAUCCCCCACUCUGAACGACUUCAUGGCCAAACAUCGACGAAGUGUCCAGAAGGAGCAGCGGCUGGCUCUGAGUCGCGCGAAAGACAACGUCGUAGGAUUUACCGAGGAAGAACAGGACAUUCUUCAGUCCCAGUAUGCCAGGGCGGAGCUAGACAGCAGCGAGGCCGCGAUGCUCGAAUCACUUGGAGAGACCGCUACUGCGGAGGGAGUUUCAGAACCUGCCACAUCUACCCCCAACUUGGGGGAAAUCGAAGCCCAGCUUGCAAGCGCGAAAGCUAAGGCAGAGGAAGUUGAGGCUGAGCUUAAGGGGCUAAACAACUAA